AUGGACAACUCUGAGGAGCAGAGUGCCGAAGAGCUUCAGCUGGAGGCGGAGAUCCGCAUGAUUGAGCUUGACAUCGCUGCCCUGGACAAGAAGGAGGCUCAGCGCCGGGCGCGAGAGGCCUUGCGCGACGAGCUUGAGGCUCAAGAGCAGCUGCUGGAAGCCUGGCAGGCCAGCUUGGCAGAGCUGCGGCGGGAGCGUCGCGAAGCCGAAGCCGAGUUCCUCUUUGCUACCAAAGAGGACCGGCGCGAGGAGGCCCGGCUCAAGGCAGACUUUGAUGAGGCGCGGCGCCGCACAGAGGCCUUGCGCGCUCGCCUAGAGCGCUUGGAUCGCUUCGAGGACGUUGCGGCGAGUAUCGGAGUCGCUGAGGAGGGCAUUGGCUGA